UCAGCGCCUGGUGACGAAUUUCCCGACGAAUCAUUAUCACUCAAUUCUGCAAGUGGUUCUGAUUUACUAUCGCUGUUCUCUAGCUGGACUAAAACCGCUUUUGACCUAAAGGGACGCUUUUUGGGCGCCAUGGACAUUUCUCAUUUUCCAGGCAGAAAGAACAGUAAAAAUGCAGGCAGGGCGCCGGACAAAGCACUCGGGACAAAAUGUAUGUGAAAUGGUUUGAUACAGUAAUGUAAUACUAUCAGAUUUUAGUGUAUUGACAAAAAUGACAUUUUUUAAAAAUUUUAAAUUUCCCACCGGUUCUGGCGCCCGUACGUCCCGACGUCACAGGGACUGGAACACGGAAGCCAGAUGCCGGCAUCGGCCGGAGGAGAUGGCCGGGGAUGCUGCAGGGGACACA